AUGGUACAACGACCGGGGUGGGAAAGAGGGGUCUCCGCUUUUUGUGGCGGGUGGGACUGGGUGGAAACAGGGUCUCCGUUUCUUGUAACGGAUGGGACUAGCCCGGAUGGACGACAAACAUCGACACUCAACAUAUGGAACAACGAAUGGGGAUAUGAACGAGAGUCCUCGUUUCUUGUAACGGGUGGGAUAGCCGACUGGACAUCGACAGGAAUCGACACUCAACACAAGCAUCGACAGGCAUCCCUACAGGCAUUGGCACUCAGAACAGUCUCUCAACCUCCAAGUCUCUCAACCUCCCAAGUCCAACAUCAACAUCCCAAGUCCAACAUCAACAUCCCAAGUCCAACAUCAACAUCCCAAGUCCAACAUCAACAUCCCAAGUCCAACAUCAACAUCCCAAGUCCAACAUCAACAUCCCAAGUCCAACAUCAACAUCCCAAGUCCAACAUCAACAUCCCAAGUCCAACAUCAACAUCCCAAGUCCAACAUCAACAUCCCAAGUCCAACAUCAACAUCCCAAGUCCAACAUCAACAUCCCAAGUCCAACAUCAACAUCCCAAGUCCAACAUCAACAUCCUUCUUCAUCCUUCAUAUCCAUCAACCUUCUUCAACCCCCUUUGA